GCAUUACAGCCAUUUCUUCUCUUAAACCCUAUAAAUAUACAUGUUCUUCUCACUUUAUGCUUCAUCAAAUCAACACAAACAUAUCCCCCAAAGCAGAACUAAAGCAAGCCCAAGCUUGUCUCUCCCCAUUCCAACACACACAUUUUCAUAUCAAACUCAAAACACUAUUUCCUUAAUUUCUUUCACUUAUUCUUCAUUUCUUCGUCUAAAUUCUUAACCAAGCAAUCGAGAUGGCCAGGAUUUCCUCAGACCCGCUUAUGGUUGGGAGAGUGAUCGGAGACGUUGUGGACAAUUGUUUGCAGGCAGUGAAAAUGACGGUGACCUAUAAUUCUGACAAGCAAGUCUACAAUGGCCAUGAACUUUUCCCUUCUGUAGUUACAUACAAACCUAAGGUUGAAGUUCAUGGGGGUGACAUGAGAUCAUUCUUCACUUUGGUUAUGACUGAUCCUGAUGUUCCUGGACCUAGUGAUCCUUAUCUGAGAGAGCACUUGCACUGGAUUGUUACCGAUAUCCCGGGGACGACUGAUGUAUCAUUUGGUAAAGAGAUAAUCGGGUACGAGAUGCCUCGGCCAAACAUAGGGAUCCACCGCUUUGUGUAUUUGUUGUUCAAGCAGACCCGUAGAGGAAGUGUGGUGUCUGUGCCAUCUUACAGAGACCAAUUCAACACUCGAGAGUUUGCUCAUGAGAACGAUCUUGGCCUCCCCGUCGCGGCUGUUUUCUUCAACUGCCAGCGUGAGACCGCCGCUAGACGCCGUUGAAUGACUUUCCACCGCUGCCGCAGCUGCCCUAACUAACUCUGGCUGUGCCCGGACAAUAUGUGUUGUUCCAUGCAUUCUAUAUUUUAGUUACGGGAAACAGCUUUUCCUAUCAUAUUUAUGUGUGUAUUUGUUAUGAACUGUUUGUGAUCUGAAUAAACUUGGCUUAUAAUCUCAUGCAUGGUCUAUUUUCAUAUUGAUGGAUGUUAAUUUUUAGUAUUAUCAAUGUAAUUAUACCUG